GCGUGUUGCACUGGGACGAUGCUCGAUGCUGCAGUCCCGUCCAAACCUCCAGGUCCACCUGCAGCAGCAGCAGCAGCAGCAGCCGGACCGCGGGCGCACCUGGAAGUCACUCUUACAUGACACGUCGCUCGGAUUAACACAACAAUCCAAAUGCAUCUAAUAUGAGCGCAGACGCUGGGACACACAGCACCGGUGCCACAUAAGGAUAAAGAGGGUCUUUGCUGGGAAUCACGAUGCAUCUCACAGCGGUGGUCUUAAUUCUGGCCGUGACAGGCAUCGCCAAAGGUUGGGAUUGCAGAGGGUGCAACGCAGAAAAUGGGUUUUGUGAGAAGCCGGGGAAGUGCAGGUGCAAACCGGGCUGGCAAGGAGACAAAUGUGACCGGUGCCUGCCGUUCCCCGGCUGUCUGCACGGCACAUGCAAGAGGGCAUGGCAGUGCCUGUGUGAGGAGGGCUGGGUGGGCAGCCUGUGUGACCAAGAUACGCGCCUGUGCUCAUCCAGGCCUUGUGUCAGUAAUGCCACCUGCAUAGAGACGGGAGAGGGCGGAUACCUGUGCAUCUGUCCACACAGCUACGCUGGAGAAAACUGCCACCUGAAGAGAGGAGCGUGCCUGACAAACAGCUCUCCUUGUCAAAACGGAGCCACGUGUACAGACACCAGCGGUUCAGCAGCCUCCACUUCCUGUUUAUGUCCCCCUGGAUUUUCCGGAGACUUCUGCGAGAUCAGCGUUGACAGCUGCCAGCCUAACCCCUGCCUUAAUGGUGGCAACUGUACAAAUCACGGCCUGGCCUUCACCUGUCUCUGUCCGCACGGCUUCACCGGCUUUACGUGUAACAACACCAGCAGCCUGUCGCCCUGCGCCGGCCAGCCCUGUGCCAACGGCAGCACAUGUGUUGGUCAGCCUGACGGAACCUUCCGGUGUGUUUGCCAGAAACGGUUUACAGGUCCCACAUGUUCCCUGCAGCACAGACCGAAAGCCAAGCCUAAGCCUAAGCCUGCCAGGCCUGCGGACCACAAGGCGUUCGCACUGACCCCGCAGCAUUACUCCCUUCCUGCUCACGCCUUCCACAGGCUCCUCAGACCGCCUGAGAGAGACCUGCUUAAGAUCACCCUGAAGGAGACCGUCCACUCCCCCGGUGUGCUCGUCACCCAGGGUCAGCUCAUUUGCUUCGGCAUACUGGCCCUGCUCACCUGCCUGGUCAUCCUGGGUACCACAGGCAUCGUGUUUUUUGGCCGCUGCGAGACGUGGCUGGCUAACGCCAAGUACAACCAGCUUGUUCGGCAGCAAAGGGAACACCUGCUGAGGGACAACGGCGGUAAUCAGGAAGAGCCGGAGCACUCAGUGAACAUCAUCCUGCCGGAGAAGAUUAGACUCACGAGCUUUGGGAGACACUACACAUCCAUUUGAUUGAAUUGUCUGUUCCCUGCUCCCUCUGGAAGGAGCUUAAUAUGAAUGUGUUAAAAUAACAACAAAGGAAAUAUGCUGUACAGUCGUGUUUGUAAGGUUAGAGAUUCUGGACGACAGUGGAAUAUAACUGAAUGUACAGGUAGAGUUGGAAGUAAACUGGAUGACACUUCUUUCAGUAUUUCAAAUUAAACUAAGUAAUGAUACCAAUGAUUUUUCAUUUGUUCACAAAUGAAAGGUCAGAUUUUAUUACCAUUUCUAGAGCUGCAAUGAUUGAUCAGAGUAGACCUCCAGAAAAUUAACUGGCAACUAUUUUGAUUAUAUAUGAAUAAUUUCAGUCUUUUGUGAAAAUGUGAAACAUUUGCUGCUAUGAUGAUGAAACUGAAUGUCUUUUGGUAUUGGACUUUAAAAUACACCACGAUAGGCUGUAGGAUAUUUGACUGAACUUAUGUAAUUUUUUCUGUUAUUUCUGAGAUAAAAUCACAAGUUGAGAAAACCACAAUCAAUUUGAAUAAUUAAAAUGUCCUGCAGUCCUAACAAAUCUCCAUACAACAUACUGUGAAUUUUCCAUUUCAUUAAUACACAUAGUGAGUUUGUAGAUAUGUGUAAUAAAAAUGUGUAUUACUACAUUCCACCAAAAACAGCUGGACUUUCAAAUACUGAAUGUAAUAACUCACUAAUAACAGUGUUGCUGUAUUUAUGUACCUGGAAGUCAUUCCCCAUAUACUAUUGAAUUUGCUUUGUAGAUGCAUCACUUUAGAUAUUGGUUUUAAAGGGAUAUACGUAGAUGUUAAAGACAUGGAUUAUUUGUAGGACUGAGCAAUAUGGCCAAAAUUAUAAAAUAAUUUACUAUUAUUUAUUUUAAGUUCAAAGAAUUUUGAAGGUUUUGGUUUAAACUCUUUAUGAGCAGAGAAUGACCAACACUUUAAAACAUUUUACAAAUCUGAGGCAGAUGAAGUAUGUGUUAUACCUCCUCAUUGUGCUUGCACAAAGCAAUAUAUCCAUAAAUAUAGUGACCUUUUGUUAUAUUGCUAUUGAUGAUAUUGCAAGAAUUGUUGAUAUCGUUUAUUAGAUAUUUCACAGCUCCUGGAGAAAUGCCACUUCCUGUCUUAAUUAAUCUGUUUGUAUCCCUGCCAUGAACGUCUUCACGCCUUCAUCUCUUCAUCAGCUCUAGUAAGAUUUUUCCAACACUGUUUCUUACUUAGAGAUUGAGAGUUUCACAGAUAAACCACCAUGCAUCUGUUACCCAGUAAAUAUGUCAUUAAACAAGUGUCACACUUUUCAAACUGUAAAAUAUUCAGUACUGUGAUAUGAGGAUUUGUGAUGCAUAUGUUCAGCUCACAUUCAGCCUGCAAGCAGAUACUGUAAAUAAUGUGGUGAGCUUUGUUUAUCUUGUGCUGUUAACAUCAGAGUUACAUUUCAGGUUGUGUUUUUCAUUGUGCUCAUCAACCUGUGGACUGUGCAUCAAAAGACGUAGGUCAAAAAAACAUUUACAGGUGGCAUUUCUACAGAGGGCGGAGACUGUGCAGAACCUUUUUGUAUUUUUUCCAAGUCUGCGAUUCUUGU